AUGCCAAGAGUUAGAGGAUACGGUGCAUUCGCAGUUAGUAUAGUGACGGUAGCCAGUGUCUACAUGGGUGCGAAAUUCUUUCAACCGAUCGUGGUUGAUCAACUCAGAAAGGACAACAAUUUAAGGCCAGAUGUGGACGUUCCGCCGCUAUCCAGCGAUGCCACUGCUAGCCUUGCCAAGGACAGACCUCAUUCCUGA